UUCCCCCCACCUUUCCCAAACGCCACGAUGGUCGCAGAAACCCCGGCUGAGGAACUCAUCAAGAGGCCUCUAUAUGUGUAUGAUCUUCCGCAGCAACUCCUCUCGACUCUGUCCACGAAGUCCGGAGACCAACCUAUAUCCGUGGUAGACAACUCGGAUCCUAUACCGGAGGAUGCCGAGGGUGCAGUGUUGGAUCAUGCGAUUGCUACAGCGACCGGGUGCGCCCUGUGCAGAGUGUUGUUCCUGAACGUGCAGGAGCAGCGGGGUCAUGUUCGUUCGGAUCAACACAGAUACAACCUGAAGGUGCAGCUUAGAGGCGGGCCGACUCUGGACGAGACACAGUUUGCGAAGGCCAUUGGGGACCUGGACGCUUCGAUAUCCGGGUCGGAGUCGUCAGAAGGCGAUGAUGAGGAACAAGAUGUACAGCUUUCGGCCUUGCUGAAAAAGCAGGCCAAGAUUACACAAGCGGCUGAAGAUGAUGAAGACACCCCCUCCCGGAUGAAGGGAUCCGGAAAGCCUCCACUCUUCUGGCUUUCCAGCUCACUCCUACCUUCCAACACGUCGCUUGGUAUUUACCGGGCGUUGUUUUCCGCCAUCGAACAAGAUGAACCCCGACACCUCGUCGACUCGAUACGGAAGAAGCAACUUGCUCCGAUCGUCCCUCAAAAACCUGGAAAUGGUCAACAAAUCCCACCUCCUUCCAGUCCACAUGUCUUUAUGUGUAUGAUUGGCGGCGGGCAUUUCGCAGCAAUGCUCGUUUCGCUAGCCCCCGAAAUCCAUCGCAGGCAAGGCGGUGUCGAAGACAGACAGGCUCGGGUGAUUGCACACAAGUCGUUCCAUCGCUAUACAACCAGACGGAAGCAGGGUGGCUCGCAGUCGGCCAAUGAUUCGGCCAAGGGAGCGGCGCACUCGGCGGGUUCUAGCCUGAGACGAUACAAUGAAGCCAUGUUAGAGAAGGAGGUCAGAGAGCUGCUAGUCGACUGGAAGCAGAUGAUCGAUGAUGCCGAGCUACUGUUCGUCCGCGCGACAGGCAGUACGAACCGCAAAAUUCUGUUCAGCCAGCAUGAGGGUCAGGCUCUGAAGCAGAAUGACUCGCGUUUGAGGGGAUUCCCAUUCAGCACCCGUCGGGCCACCCAGGGUGAGCUGAUGCGGUGCUUCAAGGAGCUCACACGUGUGAAGAUUAGCCAAAUCGACGAGGCUGCCCUGGCCGCUGCAGAGGCCAAACAGCGGGAAGAGGCGUCGAAGCCAUCCACUCCACGGCCGCAACCACAACCGCAGAAACCCAAGAUCUCUAAAGAAGAUGAAGCUGCUUUGCUUCACACGACCCAAAUACAGGCUCUUAUUCGUCGCUCCAAGAUUCCCGCGUUGAUGUCCUAUCUGUCCAAGAAUUCGAUUCCCGCGUCGUUCACUUUCCGACCCACCGAUUCGCAACAAAACUUUCGCUGUCCCACCCCCCUCCAUUUCGCCGCCAAUAUCAACUCUCCUUCCAUGGUGUCGGCGCUUCUUACCAAGGCCGAGGCCGAUCCGACAACGGCUAAUGGUGAAGGAAGAACCCCGUUCGAGCUUGCGGGGGACCGGGCAACCCGCGAUGCGUUUCGCGUUGCGCGCCACGAGCUAGGCGAGUCAAAGUGGAACUGGGACGCUACAAACAUCCCAUCACCUAUCUCGAGAGACGAUGCGAAUAGCCGCGCAGAAAGAGAGCGAAAAACCGCGGAGGAAGAAGAGGCCGGUCGACGCAAGGCCGAGAUGGAUCGCUUGAAAAAGGAGGAUGCUGCCAAAGCCGCCCUACAGAGCUCCAGGAGACCCGGCGGCCGAACGCUGGGCGCUAUCGAGAAGACUGCCUCUGAAAAGCGAGAGGAGGAAAUGCGCGGCAUGACGCCGGAGAUGAGAAUGCGUCUAGAAAGAGAACGCCGUGCCCGGGCAGCCGAAGAGCGGUUUCGACGGAUGCAGGGGAAUUAAUUAAGCACGAUUGGAUCUGUCUUGUCAUGGAUAGCUUUGGGUUACAUUGCUUCUGAGCGUACAUGAUGUCUUGUUAUUACGAAUAGAGACGUAUUUUCAUGCGUCACGUUUUGGAUCUGAUCAUCUUUCUAUACUCUUUUUACCCCAUACUAAUGGAAAAAGUCUACUACUUACGCAUCCAGGGCGCUAACUACCACGCAGGGCAAUUUG